AACGUUGAAACUUUGAGAUUCUAUACUUAUAUCCUUUUGCGCCUUUAAACACCUCAAUGCAUUUGAUAAAGUUAAGACACUUCUGAUUGCAGCCCAAGGUUGCCUACCUUGGGUUGCCUGUGGUGAAGUGUGCGCAUGCGAGCAUGUGAUAUGUUGACACUGUUUUGUCGCCGUUAAGCCAUGGCCGAGGCGCCAAAAAGCAACUCCGAGCGCCAUAAAGCGACUCCUCUCAUUUGUUUAUCAUCGGACGAAGAGGAUGAAAUUACCUUCAUUAGGAUGGUAGCUUCUCGAGUUGUCGCCAAAGACGAGCCAGGCUUCUCUGGCGAACGGUCUAACUGCGCUAACACCGCUAGUAACAGCGCGACCAAUGCAAGUCAUGGCCCUUCGGAAAUGAGCGCUAGAGCAGGCAGCGAUUUUCCCAAGAGUUCAGCUAAAUAUCCAACAUUUGACCCGAAGAAAUUUAAAUCAAUGCAGGCUAAAGUUGCAGCAUCCGUCUCUAAGAUGAAAUGUGAAGGAAAGAUAAAGCGAGAAAAAUCACCCAGUGAUGAAAAUAGUAGUAGCAGUGAAGACCUAAAGACUAGACCACUUACGCCGAAAAAGAAGAUUUCAAGACCUGAUUUAUCUACCUCUGCAAUGAUGUCACCUUUAGACAAGCUUAAACAAAAAAAUACCUCCAGCAAGAAAAGAACACCUGUGAAUAGAAAACCAUUCUCCUCCCCUUACAAGGAUGGCGUCUUUGGAUCUCCUAGCAAGAGCACUACUCAGUUAACUUUGACACCAGAAAGUUUUUCCCCAAAGAAAUCAUGUAAAUCUCUGUUUCAAAACCUUGAAGUUUGUAUUGAGAGCGCACCCCACAUGCCUCCAUUACAUGCUUCCCCAGCAGUAAAAAGCUGUACUUACAGGAAAGCUACUAUGAACCAAAACACAAUGAUUUCUGAGUUCACAGAGUCACACAUGGAUUUUAUUGAUGCUGUGAAGGGUCAAGGUUUCACCAUGAGAUAUUUAGAGACUGUUUCAUCAUUUUUAUCAGUUUCCAUAAAGCCUCCAGCCAACCUUGUAUACAUGUUAUGUGACACUCUGCUUCAGAGUAAAAGCCAAUCUGCAUCAGAUAAGUGCUUUUGGAUAUUAAAGAGAAUUAUGGAAUUACAUCCAAACUGUUUUCCUGGGCGGCAAGAAAGAUUUGGAAAACUGAAUGAGAAGAAGGUGCAAAGCAGUAUUGACUGGUGUCUAAUUACAUCUAUUGUGGAGCAAAUGUUAGGCAAACCUUGCUUGUCGUCUUCAAAUGCUUUGAAAGCACUCGCAUUUCUUGUGAAUGUUAUGGAAACAGAGGUCAAGAUCAAGCAAUUUGCAAUUCUACAAACAACAGCUUAUAGACUGUUGUCUGUGGAGAGAAGCCCUAGAAAUGUCACAGAGGUGAUAGGUUGGAUUCAGUCAUCUCUUAACUGUUCUGAUUGUUCAUAUGGUGUUCCUUUCUCACCCAUGUCCUUACUGUACAGGCUACUCCAACUAAGUAUCACUGUCAGCAAGAACCAAGAAAGCUGUGUUGAUCACUUAUCAAGUGAACUGUUGUCAUGUUACCUGCAGCUCCAGUCAUUAUCAGCUCGUACUCAAUUGCUACAGUCAAUACAGUCUCAUUUAUUAAGGUGGAGGCUAGCCGAUCUUGUGCUUAUAGUCAGCUGCAAAUCAGAGACUGGUGAUGAACAUGCUACUGGGAUAAGCAAGAUUAUCACCCAGCAUUUCAAGCGAUUGCCACCUAAACAAGGCAGCACAUUGUCCCAGGAGUGUAAUGUUUGCUUACGGAAUUCUGAAGAGGUGGAGGAAUUUAUAGCACUCUUGGCCUACUCAAUGCAGAGCUAUCUUUUCUGUUACCACAAGAAACUUAGAGGGGAAUGUAGAAAAGCAAAAUUAUGUAGGACUGAUGGCACUGAUAAUGAGGAAAAUAGCUCAGACCAUGAUGAGUACUUUCUUUCAUUCCUUGACUUGGAUACUCUGUGUAACAUGGGUGAAGAAGUGAUAAUGCUACAUGGUCGUGCUAUGAGUUUGUGUCCGUACCUCACACAGAGAACACAACAGCUACUGAGUAUGUUAGAACUGGGAGAAAUGUGGCACUCAUGGUAGUUUGAACUUUAAGCUACAGUACCAUGGAUUCCCAGAGUCACAAAUAGCUUUUUAUUGUCAAUGGUAGCUAAAAAUGUUUGCUGUAGAUAUUUUUAUUGUUACUGUUAUUAAGCAAAAGCCAGAUCAUAAGUAUCACCUCAAUCAAUCAUUUUGUUAUAUAACAGCAUUAAAUGGUGCUUAUGUAAAAACGAUUUUUUUUACCAAAGAAGCAAUAACUGUUAGAUUUGAUAAAGAUUUUAUUUGUUUCAAUAACUAUUAUUGCACUUGAUUAACAAUUCCCUGAUAUCCUAUCUUUGCACCACACAGUGCUCUUUGGCCUCUCAUACAGUAUAAUGAGAAAGUUUGGACAUAAAAAGUCAAAGCUUUUAUUCAAUUGAAGUGCCAGUCUGCUCUAGUUUAUAGGAGUUCAACUUGUGUGCAAUGAGUGUUAAAUUUCCUGGGAAAAAGAAUGUUAAAAGCUUAUAUAAAAAGUUAUGUUACAAUUUUUUAGGAAUGAAAAAAUAUUAAAAAAUUAACUGAUAGAAACCAAA